AUGGACGCUAUCGAGGUCAGAAGCCAAUCGGACGAGUUUUAUCUCUUAUCUUCGAUUCGAUAUGACACCGAAAUGGAAUGGCGUCCAAGCAAACAAGCUGACUCAGAUCUUGAUGUUGAUUUUGACACCCCACUAUUUCUUAUCUCAUACCAUCUCGACCGCCUAAGACGCGCAGCCGAUGCAUUUGGCUGGGACAAAGCAGCCGAGUCCCUUAGCGGCGACGGAGCGCUCAGUCGAUUCCGAACAGCUUGCGAGGAAGCAGUCACGAAUGGCCCACAUCCAAUUUCACAGAUCCGAUAUUUAGUCAACAAGGACGGAGACCACCGACUGGAAGUGAGUCCGAUUGGUCGAAGACCUUUCGACCUAUUAAAUAUUUCCAGUCGAGCACCCCGCGAAUUCACUACUUGGCCUACCCAAUAUGCACCAAUCCUGGAUAUAUAUCUUGACCCCGUCCCCACUCCCAGUUCCAACUUCACCUCAUACAAAACCACGAUACGUGAUCAUUACAAUGAAGCUAGAGAAAGAGCGAGAAUCAAUUCUCCAAGUGCAGCAGUAGAGGUGAUAUUGUACAACGAGGAAGGGAAGAUUACGGAGGGUUCAUUACGGAAUAUCGCAGUCUUCCGAAAUGGCUCUUGGGUGACCCCACCACUUUCUACUGGCUGCCUUGGCGGAGUCGUACGGAGUUGGAUGAUUAAACAUGGUAGGGUAAGGGAGGCUGAGAUCAUGAUAGGCGAACUCAUAGUGGGAGAAUGGGUUCUGAUUUCAAACGCCGUGGAGGGAAUUGGACUGGGUCUCUUUAGAGGGACGCGCCAUUGA